AUGGCGCUGAAGCACGAGGCGUCAGUUUACCUGAUGCAGGAGGGCGUGCAGAUUGAACACACCCACAGUAUGAUGGUAUGGUACGGAGUAGUGGACCCUUGCCAGGGAACAUCCACGCUUCAUCUCGUUUGGAGAGAGAUGCUAAAUGAGGAGUGGUGCGAUCCCGAGGAGUUGGGCCAGGAGGCGGAGGCUUCUGUGCGCGUGCGGUUAUACCGUACGACCACAGUAGUAACGAGUGCUGGUGGUGCAUGCCCUGUAACUGUAGGUUUUACAUUGGAAUAUGCUCGCCAUGUGAUGUGCCAGACGGAGUGCAUGGAGGAGGGGAAGGGAGCCUCAAGAGUGGAACGGAGAGGAAGGGCGGAACCAACCAGGCGGGUCGAGAAACAGGUGGAGGAUGUGAUGGUGGAAGGGAUUAGGAGCAGUAGUUGGAACUUAGCGGUGUUAAUUAAUGCUGGUCUGUACGGAGACGUACUACUUCGUAGCUAGCAUAUUCAUGUAUUAGUAGUAUUCGUAUGUUGGUCAGCGGAGCGGGUUGGGUCGCGGGCGACGGGACAGACGGUUGAACGAUUUGGGGGCAGGAAUCCUGGGAGAGAUUAAACGCUCGCGUCAACAUACGGUAGAGUAAUCGGGUGCACACUGCACAGUGCUUGUAUCGUUGUACGGAGUACACAGCACCGAGUAACUACACAGUACUACCUCGUCAUUAGAAGAGAAUCCGAGCAGACCCUGAGAAGGUGAGGUGAGUACGGAAUAUUGAGAGUAGAUAGACUCAACAUGGAGUGGAGUAUUCCUCUGCAGACUCCAGAGGGGAGGCUUCU